CGCCAAAGCAGAACAUGAAUGGCACCCAGAAAAAAGAAAAGACUGACAAGGAAAUCAACAAGUCACAAAAAUGAGUAGGAUUUCUGUACUUCUUCUCUUGCUCACAACAUUGUUGAGCACUUUCUUUGUCAAUGGUUUUGGCAAUGUGACAAGCCUCGAAUCAGGGUCGUCGCGGCCGAAAAUCGAUCAUGAAAAUGGAAAAACCAAAGGGAAAAGAUGGGCAGUUUUGGUUGCCGGAUCAACUGAAUAUUGGAAUUACAGACACCAGGCAGAUAUAUGCCACGCAUAUCAAGUGUUGAAGAAGGGAGGAAUUGAAGAUGAAAACAUAAUAGUGUUCAUGUAUGAUGAUAUUGCUUUUGAUCCUGAAAAUCCCAGGCCUGGCAUUAUUGUUAACCAUCCAUAUGGGGAGGAUGUUUAUGCUGGAGUUCCCAAGGAUUAUACAGGUAAGCAUGCCACAGCUGAGAACCUAUUUGCUGUCAUUUUGGGAAACAAAAGUGCACUCACAGGAGGCAGUGGCAAAGUUGUAGAUAGUGGACCUCAUGACCACAUCUUCAUAUACUAUGCUGACCAUGGUGGUCCUGGAAUCGUUGAAAUGCCAUACGGUGAUCUCCUAUAUGCAAAAGACCUGAUAGAUGUGUUGAUAAGGAAAUAUGCAGCCGGAACAUACAAAACCAUGGUGUUCUAUCUGGAGGCAUGUGAAUCAGGGAGUAUGUUUGAAGGAUUACUUCCAGAGAACAUGAAUAUAUAUGCAAUGACUGCUUCCAAUGCUGAAGAAAGCAGUUUUGCAUUUUAUUGCCCUGGAGAUUUUCCUGAUCCACCUUACAAUUAUGAUACUUGUUUGGGUGAUUUGUUCAGCAUUUCUUGGUUGGAGGAUAGUGACAUUCAUGACAUGCGCAAGGAAACUGUGGGGAAGCAAUAUCAAGUGGUGAAAAGAAGAACUGCUAUAGACAGUUUGGAAUACAGUUCUCAUGUUAUGCAAUAUGGAACUAAAAAGCUACAAAGGGACUCACUCUUCAAAUACAUCGGAACCAAUCCGGUGAACGACAACUUCACUUUCAUUGAUUAUAAUUAUCCUUCAGCAGCAAGAUCAGGCAAAACUAGUGUUGCUCCUAAUCAGCGCGAUGCGGACUUGCUUCACUUCUGGCACAAGUUCCAGAGAGCCCCUGAAGGUUCUGCAAAGAAGAUUGAAGCACAAAAGAAGCUACAUGAACAAAUUUCACAUAGAAGACAUGUUGAUGAGAGUAUAAACCAAAUUGCAAUGUCUGUAUUUGGGAAUGAAAAUGGUAGGGAGAUGGUGAAGUUAGUGAGACCUGCAGGACAAGCUCUGGUGGAUGAUUGGGAUUGCUUAAAGAUGCUGGUGAAAACUUACAAGAAAUACUGUGGAGCAUUAUCAACUUAUGGAUUGAAGUAUACAAGAGCUCUUGCUAAUAUGUGUAAUGCUGGUGUGAGUGUUGAACAAAUGGCUGCAGCAUCAAUUCAAGCUUGUGGGGAAAAGACUGUCUAAUUCCAUGGGAGGGAGCUUCUUUCACAUAAUUUGUACUGGAAUGGAAAAGCUUUUGAAUAAUUGAUUGAAUAAAUAAGAUGUUAUGUGUUUAUAAGAACUUUGUGGUUGUUUUGAGUAUUGAGUUUGAUUGAGCGUUUUUGAA